GGACCUUCGGCUUUGUCAAAAAGAAGUCAGCCAACAGCCUCAGCUACGUAGGGUAGCACUGUUUUGCAUCUCCUGAUAGCUUAUAGGUAAUUUGUUAAAGAAUCUACACGUAUAUACAUUGUUGAAUACUUAACCCGGAACGGAGAGGCGACUACAGGCUAACCAUGAUAACAUCUGCUGCUGGAAUAAUUUCCCUCCUUGAUGAGGAGGAACCACAGCUCAAGGUGUUUGCACUGCAGAAGCUUGACUACCUUGUCAAUGACUUCUGGGCUGAAAUUUCAGGAUCUGUUGACAAAAUUGAGGUCUUAUAUGAAGAUGAGACAUUCCACAACAGAGAAUUUGCUGCUCUGGUGGCCUCAAAGGUCUUUUAUCAUCUUGGAGCAUUUGAAGAAUCUCUGAACUACGCGCUUGGUGCUGGGGAUCUCUUCAAUGUCACUGAUGACACUGAAUAUGUGGAAACCAUCAUUGCCAAAUGCAUCGAUCAUUACACCAAAUUGCGUGUGGAGAACGCUGAACUGCCAGAGGAUGAAGAGAGGAAAAGUAUCGACCCUCGCCUUGAGGGCAUUGUCAACAAGAUGUUCCUGCGAUGCCUCAAUGACCACAAGUACAAGCAGGCCAUCGGAAUUGCCUUGGAAACUCGGCGCCUUGACAUGUUUGAGAAGACCAUCUUAGAAUCAAAUGAUGUCAGUGGGCUUCUUGCUUACAGUCUGAAGGUGUGCAUGUCCCUUAUGCAAAACAAGAAGUUCCGUAAUGAGGUACUGCGGGUUCUGGUUAAGCUCUAUAUGAACCUGGAGAAGCCUGAUUUUAUCAACGUCUGUCAGUGCCUGAUAUUCCUGGAUGAUCCUCAAGCUGUCAGCGACAUCUUGGAAAAGUUGGUGAAGGAAGAUAAUCUGCUAAUGGCCUACCAGAUCUGCUUUGACUUGUACGAGAGUGCCAGCCAGCAGUUUCUCUCCUCUGUCAUUCAAAACCUUCGAACAGUUGGAACACCAAUCCCAGCAGUUCCUGGUUCCACUAAUACAGGCACUGUGUCCACUAAAGAAGACAGCGAGGCAAUGGAGACAGAUGACAAAGUUGGCAGCUCCCCUGCAGGAAAGUCGGCAGAGACGAAGGACGAGCCCAAAGACCAGAACGCCAAGAUGAUCAAAAUCCUCAGCGGGGAGAUGGCCAUCGAGUUGCACUUGCAGUUCCUAAUUCGCAACAACAACACUGAUCUUAUGAUCCUCAAAAACACUAAGGAUGCGGUGCGAAAUUCAGUGUGCCACACGGCCACGGUCAUAGCCAACUCUUUCAUGCACACUGGGACCACAAGUGACCAGUUCCUCAGAGAAAACCUUGAAUGGCUUGCCAGAGCCACCAACUGGGCAAAAUUCACAGCAACAGCAAGCCUCGGUGUCAUUCACAAGGGUCAUGAAAAAGAGGCCCUUCAGUUAAUGGCCACGUACUUGCCAAAGGACACUUCCCCUGGCUCUGCCUACCAGGAGGGAGGAGGUCUCUACGCUCUGGGCCUCAUCCAUGCCAAUCAUGGGGGAGACAUCAUCGACUACCUUCUCAGUCAGCUCAAAAAUGCCAGCAAUGAUAUUGUUCGUCACGGGGGUGCUCUUGGUCUUGGUCUGGCUGCCUUGGGAACCGCGAGACAGGAUGUGUAUGACCUCCUCAAGUCCAAUCUGUAUCAGGAUGAUGCUGUCACUGGUGAGGCUGCGGGCCUAGCCUUGGGUCUUGUCAUGCUGGGCUCCAAGUCCGCUCAGGCCAUUGAGGACAUGGUGGGCUACGCACAGGAGACCCAACACGAGAAAAUCUUGCGUGGUCUGGCGGUGGGAAUCGCUUUGGUCAUGUACGGACGCAUGGAGGAGGCUGAUGCCCUCAUUGAGAGUCUUUGCAGAGACAAGGACCCCAUUCUGCGGAGGUCUGGUAUGUACACCGUAGGCAUGGCCUACUGCGGCUCUGGGAACAACAAGGCCAUCCGACGCCUGCUACAUGUCGCUGUGAGUGACGUAAACGAUGAUGUCAGAAGGGCAGCUGUCGAGUCCAUUGGUUUCAUCUUGUUCAGAACUCCUGAGCAGUGUCCCAGUGUUGUGUCCCUUUUGUCAGAGAGCUACAACCCCCACGUUCGCUGUGGUGCUGCCAUGGCUUUGGGCAUCUGCUGUGCUGGAACGGGCAACAAGGAGGCCAUCAAUCUGUUGGAGCCCAUGACCAAUGACCCAGUGAACUACGUAAGACAGGGUGCUCUCAUUGCCUCUGCACUCAUCAUGAUCCAGCAAACGGAAGUCACCUGCCCCAAGGUGAAUCAAUUCAGACAGCUUUAUGCAAAGGUAAUCAAUGACAAGCAUGAUGAUGUCAUGGCCAAAUUCGGUGCCAUCCUGGCCCAGGGAAUUCUCGAUGCAGGUGGACGAAAUGUGAGCAUCUCGCUUCAAUCCAGGACUGGUCACACACACAUGCCGUCAGUAGUGGGCCUGCUCGUCUUCACGCAGUUCUGGUUCUGGUUCCCCCUCUCCCACUUCCUGUCCUUGGCCUUCACACCCACCGCCAUCAUCGGCCUUAAUAAAGAUCUCAAGAUGCCCAAGGUGCAGUAUCGCUCCAACUGUAAACCUUCCACCUUCGCCUACCCGCCAGCUCUGGAGGUUCCCAAGGAGAAGGAGAAGGAGAAGGUCUCUGCUGCUGUUCUCUCCAUAACAGCCAAAGCAAAGAAGAAGGAGAAGGAAAAGAAAGAGAAGGAGGAGGAGAAAAUGGAAGUGGAAGUACAGGAGGGAGAGAAGGAGAAAGAGAAGAAGGAUGAGGAGAAGGAGAAAGAGAAAGACAAGGAGAAGGAGAAGGAGAAGAAGAAGGAGGCGGAGCCCAACUUCCAGCUGCUGGAGAACCCAGCCAGGGUGAUGCCAGCCCAGCUCAAAGUGCUCACCAUGCCUGACACGUGCCGCUACCAGCCCUUCAAACAGCUACACACAGGUGGCAUCAUCAUCAUGAAGGACACUAGCGAGGAAGAGGAGGAGCUGGUGGAGCCCGUCUCAGCUCACGGCCCCAAAAUCGAGGAGGAGGAGCAAGAGCCGGAACCACCCGAGCCCUUUGAGUACAUUGACGAGUAGUUCAGGCCUCAGAAGAGAUGUCCUUCGGUUCACUCCCACUUUUCUUUCUCACUUUGUUCCUCCUGUGGCUCGCAUUGUUCAGGCAAAAGCCAUUUUACAUGUUCACCUUGUAUUUUCCUGUGUCCAUACAAUAAAAAGGCAUAUUUACAAC